UGGCGGGACGUUAUCGGAGGGGCUCUCGUCACACUGUGUGCCGAUAGGAAACGCAUCCACGCAUCUUGAACCUCCCGUUGGCUUGGUGCGAAAGACGAUCAGUGGCAGCGCAUCCUGCCUCCAAGUCAACGUUGUCCUCCAUCGCACACCGAAGCAGUUGCCCAGGUCGCCACGAAGUCACGGUCAUACACCAGGCCAGCUUAGGUUGCUUUGUCGUAUUGCGCCCUGAAUAUUCUAUCAACAACCGCGACUUUACAGGCUUCCAUGGUUACCCUCUCGUCACCAUCCAUCCCGCCGCCGCCGCCGCCGUCGCCGUUGCCAUCCUUCCAUUUCCAUCCACCAUCGAAAGAACCGCGCCGAAUUUAAAGCAUCAUCAUCAGACUCCAUCAAACCCUCGCCGAAAAUCACUCGUCUCGCUCCCGUCCUCGGCAGCCGGCGCUCGGCGAGCCCCCUCUACAGUGAUGUGGCGGGUAUUCCGACCUCGCGCUGGCAUAACGAAUGCGAGCACCCUGGCUGUUCGUGCAGUCGCGCCACAAGUUCCCAGCCAACAAACAGUCAUAGUACAGAGGGUCAAGCUUUCAAAACCUAGAUUCAGGGCCGGAACAUUUCUCAUCGGAGCAGGCAUUUCGCUUGCGUGUUGGCACAUUUACUGGUCCACCGUUUUAAAUCCCUUCUUCCGACAUGUAGACCGAGAAUACGAGAAGCUGUCACCGGCCGAGAAGAAGGCACUCGACGAAGAAAUAGCAGAGGAGGAGGCCGAACCCUGGUUUAUUCCGUUCCCUUUCACGACAAAGUCCGUCAGCCAACCGCCGUACAAAGGCAGCGACCCCGAGUGGCAAGAAUUCGUCAAGCUCAGCAAGCAAAAGGGAAAACUUACUCAAAUCCGCUCCGAUCUGGCCAGCUGGGUAAAGUCCUCGGUCGAAAGGCACCCUGUAAUCACAGCCAGAUGUGGCAACUCAGUCAAGCUUCGUAGAUAUUGGUUGGACAUUGACUUCCCAUACCGUCCACCGCCGGUCUUUUACUCUUCUGGAUUACUGCUACAAGGCGAUGGACUGUACUGGUCAACUCAGCCCGUUGACUCUUUGACGGUCAAACGCCUGCAGAAGAUACUUUGGCCGGAUGCAAUGGCCGUGUCAUCGUGGGCUUUUACGAGUGCGUUGGUAAAACAACACUACAUGGAUAUUUCCCGAGCCCUUGGCUUCGAGUCAAGCAAGCCUGUCCAACCGUUCCCACCAGUCAGCGGUGGCAACAUGCAACAAAAAGCUCAGGGGCCUCUUCCGUCCGCCAACAGACAGACUCCCGAUGGCACGCCGGCAGAGAAUGCCUCUCACAAUGUCAGCAAGUCAACGGAUGCGUCACAGGCAGAUGAGCCUGAGAGCGGCGGCAAAACCAACUUUGUCAGGGACACUGCUAUAUCCCAUAUAGAGGGGAUGAAGCAAAUAACAGACGGCCCUGCAAGAGACUUUCGAAGGAAACUGGCGCAGUCUUGGAAGCCCACGCGACCGUCUCCUCCGCGUGGCUGCAUUCUCGUUUCGGGCUUCGUCGAAUGUGAGCUACCCAAGGGAUUCGUGCUGAUCGACGUCUGGGGGUUCUGGAAUCCCAAGACGGAGACCUUUGAGACUAAAUCAACCUUUAUGAAUGUACGGAGGGUACAGAUGAAGCAACAAUCACCUCGGCGGGGCUGAAGGGAUCCGCCGAGAUACUCUCACCUUUUCUCAUUGCAUACUGGCGGCGUUAGGGUAGCGGUGAGCAUCUACCUUUAGGUUAAUUUGGCAUUGGCCGGCGAUUUGAUUUCACCGGCACCCCCUCCAUUGAUAGGGGGCUUAGCGGAGCACUCUUCUGGUUUGCGAAUGGGAAUUCCACAGGGUACAGCAAAAGAGUGAGCGUUUGUUCGAUAUCAAGAUACAAUAGACGAGCUCAGAAACGGGCUUGGGACAAGACAGUAGAAAGGAGCCACGAGUUCUCCUCCGUCCCCCACAAUGCCCUCUUCCUCCUCUGCAAAUUAUUUUCACUUGGGCAUUCUGAUCUAUCGGAAACAUCCCGAGCGGCGGCCCGUUUGUGCUG